AUGGCGGAGCAGCUCAUCUCCACGGCCGACCACGACAGGCUGCCGGACAGCUACGUCCGCCCAGAGACGCAGCGGCCGCGCCUGCGCGAGGUCGUCCCCGACGCGGAGAUCCCCGUGGUCGACCUUGCCGACCCCGACCGCGCCGCCGUCGUCGUCAGGGUCGCCGAGGCGUGCCGCACGCACGGCUUCUUCCAGGUGCUGAACCACGGGGUGCCGGAGGAGCUGACGGUGGCGAUGAUGUCCGUGGCGUACGAGUUCUUCCGGCUCCCCGCGGAGGAGAAGGCGAAGCUCUACUCCGACGACCCGGGCAAGAAGAUGCGGCUGUCCACCAGCUUCAACGUGCGCAAGGAGACGGUGCACAACUGGCGGGACUACCUCCGCCUGCACUGCCACCCGCUGGAGCAAUACGUCCCCGACUGGCCGGACAACCCGCCAUCAUUCAGGGAGACGGUGAGCGCGUACUGCAGGGAGGUCCGGGAGCUGGGGUUCAGGCUGUACGGCGCCAUCUCCGAGGGCCUGGGCCUGGACGGAGGCUACAUCAAGGAGACGCUGGGCGAGCAGGAGCAGCACAUGGCGGUGAACUUCUACCCGCGCUGCCCGGCGCCGGAGCUCACGUACGGGCUCCCCGCGCACACGGACCCCAACGCGCUCACCAUCCUGCUCAUGGACCAGCAGGUGGCCGGCCUGCAGGUGCUCAAGGACGGCCGCUGGAUCGCCGUCAACCCGCGGCCCUGCGCGCUCGUCGUCAACAUCGGGGACCAGCUGCAGGCGCUGAGCAACGGCAGGUACAAGAGCGUGUGGCACCGCGCCGUCGUCAACUCCGACAGGCCCAGGAUGUCGGUGGCGUCGUUCCUCUGCCCCUGCAACGACGUGCGCAUCGGCCCCGCCGCCAAGCUCGUCACCGGCGACACGCCGGCCGUCUACAGGGACUACACCUACGCCGAGUACUACGCCAAGUUCUGGAGCAGGAACCUGGACCAGGAGCACUGCCUCGAGCUCUUCAGGACCUAG